AUGGAAGGCCGAAAUAAGAAUCGUCUCUUUGAGAAUUUGGGCGGGUACAAUAAGUUAAACAAAAAAAUAAAAGCAUUUAGUAUUACAGCUCAAGCCUGGCAUAUAAAAUAUAUCAAAGAAAAAUUAAAUUCAAAAAAACCAUUAGUCUCUUAUCCUAUUCUUAUUACUAUUGAUGAAGAACAAAUGCAAACAGAAGAAUGUUCAAUGAAAAAAGAAGAAUUGAUCAUUGUUAUUAAAUCACUAAUUGGAUCUUUAAAUGAAACUAAUCGGCCACAAUUCAAGGGAUUAAAAACAAAAAAAAAAGAAGAAUUAUUAGUUAUUCUACAACAAGUUCAAGAUUUGAUUAAUGACAAUGAGAUCGAUUAA